UUGGGAAACUGGCAGGCGGGGGCGGAGCCGCCAGCAACCCCGCCCCAGCCCCCGGAGGCCCGAGGCCAAGGCGGACGAGGCGCCCUGCUGCCCGGGAAGGCCGUUGCUGCCUGGAGGCCAUGUCAGUGUCGGGGCACCGCACUCAGACUGCUGGCGGCGAGGACCCAAGGGCACUGCGGGGUCAGCGGCGAUGUGCGAGCAGGGUCCUCGGAGCCCCAGGGCCCACCUUUGACAGGCGCUGGAGGAGAACCUGUGCUGGGGAGCCCUGUGCUGGGGGCAUCCCUGUGCUGGAGGUCUCUGUGCUGGCGGGAUCCCCGUACUGUGGGGGUCCCUGUGCCUGUGCUGUGGGCUCUGUGCUGUGGGCCCUGUGCCGGGGGCAUCCCUCUGCUGGGGGGAUCCCUGUACUGGGGGGCCCUGUGCUGGGGGAAUCCCUGUGCUGGGGGCCCUGUGCUGGGGGGAUCCCUGUGCUGGGGGCCCUGUGCUGGGGGGAUCCCUGUGCUGGAGGUCUCUGUGCUGGCGGGAUCCCUGUACUGUGGGGGGUCCCUGUGCCUGUGCUGGGGGGCUCUGUGCUGCGGACCCUGUGCUGGGGGGAUCCCUGUGCUGGGGGGCCCUGUGCUGGGGGGGUCCCUGUACUGGGGGGCCCUGUGCUGGGGGGAUCCCUGUGCUGGGGGCAUCCCUGUGCUGGGGGGAUCCCUGUGCUGGGGGCAUCCCUGUGCUGGGGGGAUCCCUGUACUGGGGGGCCCUGUGCUGGGGGGAUCCCUGUGCUGGAGGUCUCUGUGCUGGCGGGAUCCCCGUACUGUGGGGGGUCCCUGUGCCUGUGCUGGGGGGCUCUGUGCUGCGGGCCCUGUGCUGUGGGCAUCCCUCUGCUGGGGGGAUCCCUGUACUGGGGGGCCCUGUGCUGGGGGGAUCCCUGUGCUGCGGGCCCUGUGCUGGGGGGAUCCCUGUGCUGGGGGGAUCCCUGUGCUGGGGGCAUCCCUGUGCUGGGGGGAUCCCUGUACUGGGGGGCCCUGUGCUGGGGGGAUCCCUGUGCUGGGGGGAUCCCUGUGCUGCGGGCCCUGUGCUGGGAGGAUCCCUGUGCUGGGGGCAUCCCUCUGCUGGGGGGAUCCCUGUACUGGGGGGCCCUGUGCUGGGGGGGUCCCUGUACUGGGGGGCCCUGUGCUGGGGGGAUCCCUGUGCUGGGGGCAUCCCUGUGCUGGGGGGAUCCCUGUACUGGGGGGCCCUGUGCUGGGGGGAUCCCUGUGCUGGGGGGAUCCCUGUACUGGGGGGCCCUGUGCUGGGGGGAUCCCUGUGCUGGGGGGAUCCCUAUGUGA